CGACCAUUGUUUGCUUCUGGUGAUGGAGAAGAGACCUAAGUUAGUAGUUAUCGAAGGCCGCAAGGUUGUUCGGGUGUCGCUGCAUCGCACCGUCACCGAAUGCAGUCCUCCGAGGCAGAGGGGGCACGCUCUGCAAUGCAGGCCUCGCUGUGUGCUAUGCUGCUGCAUGUUCUCGGGGGACGCUCGGGCUGCCGCGAGGAAGGACAGCGCAGCCAAGAAAACCCCACGGCUGCCAGGUGCGCACAGGAAGGAACAAAGACCACUGUGAUUCGCCCCUUCCACGUUCGUUCGGUGUGCUGCAGAUUCGCCUGUGUGGGACCUGAAGGCUGGUAUUGGCGAGAGCAUUGUAGUAGAGACCACCGAAGUGCCCUGGCGAAUUUCUCACAUGCUAUUCGCUGUCGUCGUGCCCCAAUCAGCCGCUGCCACCGGUGAGAAGCAGCCACUGACCGAUUGCCUACUCAGUCCGACUGACAUGUACCCUCUUCUGUCACAUACAUUAGCGGCUUCCCAAUCAGACCUGCCCAUCAUUCUGCGCGUGUCUGAGGAGCCGCCCGCUCCCACUACAGCAGCAGCAGCAACAGCCAAGGACACCAAGAGGCAGCAGCAGGACGGCCAGCGGAGGAACCGGCGCGUGGUGUACGAGAACACCGUGCCCUUCUCGCCGGCUAAUUUUGGUCAUGUGGGCGGGAGCGUGCUGGUGGUGGGGUGCCUUGCUCGGGAGGGGAGCCGGCAGUGGUCGUUCAGACCGCUCAAGAUCAGCCUCACACACACGGGGGAUGCAGAGCUGCCUGAGGCGCUGCAGGUGGGCACCACGAGCACUCUCCCUGACUACACGAUGGAUGUAUGGCUUUGCCUAUGUAUGCUAUGCAUUAAUGUGUUUCAGUCGAUUUUGAGGAAGCUCAAGUCUGGGGAGCUUCCCCUGUCGGCGUAUGUUGGCUCGCCAUCGCCGCGCAAGCACCUCGUGCCUGCGUCAGAUCUUCGCGAGCGGAUCGCCAUUGCAGCGGCAGACGAGCGGACGAGUGUGCGGGACUCGUUUCGACUCGCUCUCAAAGUCGACCCGGUGAGGCACACCUUCACAAAUACACUCGUGGAUUGCGAGCGCAUGUGUGUGCGGUGUGGUGUGUCGUCAGGCGCAUCUGACUCAUAAUACGCUGGAACGGGAGAAUGAGGUACGCAGAAAGACCGCGUCAAUCCAUUGCACGUGUCAUUGUCAAUCGUGCCACUUGUGUGAGUUCAGUCCCUCCGCAAACACUUGAAGAGCUCUGAGAAGGUUCCAGACACACAUGAAGAAACACCCAGCAAGCCUCAGGUCUAGUCUGCCGUCAUCCUUGCCAUUUCAGAGCCGUAUUGCGUUGCAUGACGAACUCCGCAAGACAAUCGGGGACCUGGAGGUGACUCAUGGAUGACACCGCCACGCACAUGUGCUUCCAUUUUGUCUUGUUUUGCGCUCCUUCUGCUUGGUCACAGCUGGCGCAGCAGGUGAUGGAAGAUCUGGAGAGCAAGAUCCAGACCAUCGACCGCCGCCCACACCAGUCACAGGCCCCACCACCAACCCGCAAGUCGCCUACACCUCCACGCAGAACGCCGGCACGGCCAGGGGUGAGCUUACCACCGCUUGCAUUGCUCUUGACCGAAUGCACUGCACUUUGGUGUGUGUGAAGGAGAUUGCUGACCGUGAGCAUCUGCACUCGUUGAGAGAGCAGAUACGGGAGCUGGAGGGCAAGAUGCGGCAGUACCACACGCGGCGGGAGAGAAGGACGGAUAAGCGUGUCGAGGAUGAUGAUGAUGAGGUUGACGUUCCUCAGGGAGGCAGGAGAUCGCCGCCGCAGCAGAGGGCAAUACCGCGAUCAGGUGAGCCGAAGAUGAGGUGCUUCAAUGGCCGUUGUCCACCGCCACCUGCAGCCCUUUGUGUCUCGUCUUCUUGCAGUUCCUCCCCGUCCUGUCCCCUCCCACCGUCCGCCAGCUUCUAUGGGCCACCAGACACAGACAGCACACCACUUCUCCCUCACCGCCCGUCUCAGGCCGUCCCCUCCGCUCUCGCCACCCUCCCACACACACCAGCAGCAGGAAACGAUGCUCGCCGAGCUUAGGCGGGACUACGCCAGGCUGGCAGAGGAGAACUGUCGGCUGAAAGGGUGCCUGCAGAGGGCGUCGCAAUCGACGCAUAGGGGGCGGUCUGACGGCGUGCCCACGCCGAUAGCCAACAUGGAUGUGGGAGGAGCGGGGCGGCCGGCGGUAUUCGAUGAGAUGGAUACGGUGUUGGUGGUGCCUGCCAGGGUGGCGUCUCAGGAGAGGCGGGAGAGGGCGGCGGAUGACGAUCCCUCCGGUCCUGUAUUUGCCUUCAAAAGGGACUAUACGAGACUCGUCCAGAGGCAUGAAGGGUACGUACCGUGGGUGUGCCACAAUAGAAUACGACGAGGCGGGCAGAACUGAUUGCAUUGCUUGCACCCCUGUGUGUGUUGUUGCCUCUCCUUUCUUUCCUCUUUCAGUGUCCGUCAGAGCCCGCCGGCACGCCCCAUCCACCCUGCAGCCAAGUGUCCCUUCAUCCCCCUCACAGGCCGGUCGUCCGCUGGCCUGCCAUCAGCACGUCGGCCCCCCUCUGCCCCUCCCGCAGCCACUACAGUGGCAGCCCCCAUCUCGCAGCGGUUCGCGCGUCUCUCACCGCCACAGCAGGAGCGAGUCGUCAGCCCCAUCUCAUCCGUCGAGGCGACUCGGCCCGUCACAGUGCAGCCGAAGAUGUCGUUUGCCGCGUCAGCGACCGAUGUGCCGAUGAUGCGGCCCGUCGCCCCCUGCUACCCUGCCAUGGUAACAGUCCAACCGUCAUCUCCGCAGGACCCGAAGAGGGCUCCUUACACCCACCAUGGGGCGAUGGUGCGGCCCCCCUACCCCCAAAGGCCACCAUCGCCCCCAUCCCCUCCGCCACCACCCAGCGACAAGCGAGCAGUUCCUGUGGAGACAGUCGCCCGCUGGCCAACGGAGUCUCGAGUGCUGCGUGACCCAACCUAUCGAGCCUGGGAGGGUCCUCAGCCGAGCAUCCCGCAGGAGAUUCCACUGCCGGCAUCCGUGCCACGGCCUCCCACGCCCCCCACUCGGCCGCAGAUGUUUCCCGUCAGUGUGCCAAUGGCCUAUCCAGCUGUCGCCAUGCGGCCGCCGCCAUCUGGACCUUCGCUGCGUGUGCCAACUGCGGCAUCAGCAGCAUGGACGAGAGCACCGACCGAGAUCAGUGGGGAGAAUGGGAGGCUGGUCCGGUCGGUUUCGCAUCCACACCACCCCUUGCAGCACGACACACAUAUCAGCAUGGCCCCAACGAGACCCUUGGCCUUGCCGUCUGGCCCUCAGCUGGUGCUGCCCGGCCCACCUCCUCCCCCUGUUCAAUCGGUGCCUCUCACUAACCAGGCGUCUGUCGUACCUGGCGAAGUGUUCCAAGGGGGUGAUGGUGCUGUGGUGGUGCGUUAUGAGUACAGGGAGAGAGUGUCGCCGCCACGAGGCAUCCUGCCCGCUUAUCGAAGAUGAUGGGAGGGGGGAAGGGGGAGGGGCGUGGCGUGGGUGCAUGUCUGUGUGUGACAUGUUUGGGUGUGGAUAGGAAGUGACAGACAGACAGACAGACACCUUGGUUUGCGG